AUGGGUGGCGAUCUGAACUUGAAAAAGUCAUGGCAUCCAUCGCUGCUCCGCAACCAGGAGCGCGUAUGGGCGCAAGAGAAGCGGGCGCUGGACGAGCGCAAGAAGGUUGAACAGCUGCGGCGCGAACGCGAAGAAGAGCGCCAGAUUCAGGAACUCCAGCGCCUGCAAGAAUCCUCCGGCAAGACCGCGCAGCACACCCGAGUCGACUGGAUGUAUCAGGCGCCAUCCAGCGCCACGGGCCACUACUCUGAAGAGAUGGAGGGAUACCUUCUGGGCAAGCGGCGCAUUGACGGUAUCCUACUGAAGAAUGAUACCGACAAUCAGAAGCUGGAGAAGGGCGCGGACGUGGUUGGGGUGAAUGCGGCGGCUGGCCCGUCUGUUGGGUCUGCGCGUGACACCAUGACGAAGGUCUUGAAUGAUCCGCUACUUGAAGUCAAGAAGAGAGAACAGGCGGCUUAUGAGGCUGCCGUUAUGGAGGCUGCCCGGCGGAAGGAGAGAGAGGAGCGCCGCAAAGGCGACCGUGAUCGGCCCCGAGAUCGUCGCCAUCGCGAUCAUGACUCGAAGCGCCGGCGAUACAGUGAUGAAGGGGAAGAUGGGGGGCGACAUCGACACCACCGGCUUCCCCGGAGCGGUCUCACCGCGGAUCCCGAAGCGAGCGAGACCGUGAGCACGACCGUGGCCGUGGAGAUGAUGACCGUGAGCGCCGGACUGAUAAUGAGCGAACUCGACGAGACGACCGCAACCGUGAUCGGGAGCGUGAUCGCCGUGAUUACCGAGAGAGAAGAGACUCCUACUCCAACCGCCCCCGAGAUCGAGACUCAGGUCAUAGACGGGAUCGUGAUCAGGACCACAACCGCGACAGACCCCCACGACGGUCAUCUCCUCGACAACGCACGCCAUCCCCAAAUAAGGCCCAAGCUCACAACGACCACGCCAACGGUGACCGACGAGACUACCCCCGACGAGCCUUCAAUAACCGCAACGACUCAUACAACCGAAACCGUGCCCCCCCCUCCUCCCCGCGCCGCGCCCAAUAAGCCGGACCCCAAGGAGCAGGAGGAGGAGCGCCUGCGCAAGCUAGCAGAAAUGCAAUCGAAUGCAAGCGAAAUAGAGGCAGACCGACGCCAGCGGCUCAAUGAUAUCUCUAUGAAGGAAGAGGAACAGAAGGAGGAGGAUGAUAAGCAACGCUCUGACCGUGGUCGGUUCAUGUCUCAGGUGCAUCGGCGCGUGCAAGAGGACAGCUUGGAUGAGCGCAUCCGCCGCAGUCGCGGUGGGCUGUCCAAGAUGGAGGAUUAA